AUGAUACGGGACAUUUUUGAGGGCCUUAAUGCUCGCAAGAGUGGCGCAACAGAGAUAGCCAACUUUCUUGUGCUUUUACUACGCAAAGCUGCUUCGAUGUAUCCGGGUCUUGCUGAUGAACUUCAAACAUUGGGCUUGAGCAUGUCAUGCCGGUGCAGGGAUCUGGCCACUGUGCUCUCAGAACUUAGCCAGAAUCUGCCCUCGCGAGACCACAAGGUGAGGACUGCUUUUGUGCAAUCCGUGCAGAAGGGUGGCUUUAAAAAUAGGAGGUCGGCCAAGCAAUUUGGAAUUCACAUUUCCCGGAGAGUGUGGCGAACUGCUUCUACUACGCACAAGCCCGUGUCUCGGUUGGGUAGGCCGAGGAUUCGAGAUGACCCUGCUGUGGUGGAUUUGGUGAAAAGUUCUGCCCUACGAAACUCGGUGGAGACAUCCAAGUUUAUGAUGGUGCCUUCGCAGAAUGCCAAGAGCAAGGAAGUUGUGGUGAGACGUUGGACUAGCAGCCCUUUGCAGAUCUACUUGGAAGACGAGCAGUUGCUUGCAAAGAUGAGCUAUAUGAGUUUCACGCGCAUUGUACGAGCAGAGUGCCCUCAUGUAAGGAAAGUGAACAGCUUCAUUGCCAACAUGCGCGCCGAUCUCCAUGCAACCUAUGACAAGUACUUCCAGCAUUUCGACGACGCAGAAACUGUUGCUUCAGACAACCCAGACCCAGCUUCCCUGUGCCGCAAAUAUUUGUUGUACGUCAACCAGCACACACAGAAAUACAGAAAAGAGCUUCAAGCGGUUUCACGCAAGUUGAUCUUCGCCUUGCAUGAAAAGGAAGGACCUGUGGAGUAUGAGCUGCAGUGGCUUUGCAAGCUUGUUGCAGCUUACCAAUUCCACAGAGUCAGUUCCAAUUUGCAAAGCGAUGCCUGCUCUGCCCACAUUGACGCGCUUGGGCCUGGUGAGGCCAUUUUGUGGUGUGAUUGGAAACAAAAUCUGAGCAUACCAAUGACACACGUGCAGACAGGUGACCAAUACUGGGCCACUGCAAGAGCAGAGGUCUCAUGUUUUGGAGCAGUGCUGUUCCUAGGCCAGGAAGCAGAAAGACCUCGGAAGAUCAACGUUCUCCUGCUAUCGGACAUAAUAGAGCAGGCAGCGCUGGCGGCGUCACAGCAAUUGAGCAUCCUCGCCAAGGAGUUGCGCGAUGUCUCUUCGAUUACUUGUUGGUUUGAUGCGGGCCCUCAUUUUCGAACAUAUUCUUUGUUGGUCUGGUUUCAGGAAGAACCUGUGCGUGGAAAGAGCUUAAAGCUGUCUGUGAACUGGUACCUCAUGUUGGCUUAA